CUGGACCCUGUAUUUCAGUGUAGCUAUGCCGCUAGAGCUGCCAGAUGACGAAGAAAUCGUCGUAUACGCUGUUCCCUACCUACUUUCUAUGAGUGAUUUAGUUGUAAAUACACCCAAAAGAGUUGUUGCUAACUACGUACUGUGGAGGUUCGUCUACAACCGUGUGAGUAACUUGGACAAGCGCUUUUUGAUGAAGCAGCAGGAGUACUACAGCGCACUCUACGGUACUCAGUCUAUAUCUCCGAGGUGGAAGACCUGUACUGUGUACGUGAACAAGUACAUGGGAAUGGCUAUGGGUGCAUUGUUUGUCAAGAGACAUUUCAAUGAGAAGAGUAAGGAAACGGCUGAUGAAAUGAUUCUCGACAUUAAAACAUCUUUUCUGGAGAUCUUAGAUGAAGUAGACUGGAUGGACGCUGAGACCAGAUCUGCUGCUCGCGAAAAAGCUAUAAUGAUGAGCCAGAAGAUUGGUUUUCCAGAAUAUAUUUUGAACUCUGAAGAGUUAGAUGCGGAAUACGAAGGAAUAGAAUUCAAGCCAGAUACAUAUUUCGACAAUGUUCUGUUGAAUUUGAAGCACAACUCAGCUCGAGAGCAAAUGAAACUGCGUACACCUGUUGACAGGAAACAAUGGGUCACAGCUCCUGCGGUUGUUAAUGCGUUUUAUACGAGGUCGAAAAAUUUUAUAACGUUCCCUGCUGGGAUACUACAGCCUCCUCUGUAUCAUCAAAAUUAUAUUAGAUCUUUGAACUAUGGAGGUAUUGGAGUCGUAAUUGGUCAUGAAAUCACACACGGCUUCGACGAUAAAGGUCGUCAGUUUGACCAUUUUGGUAAUUUGAAACAGUGGUGGAAUGCAGAAGCACUACAAAAAUUUCAAUCGAAGGCCGACUGUAUGAUUAAUCAAUAUGGCGACUACGUCAUGACGGAUAUCGAUAUGAAGAUCAACGGCAUAAAUACUCAGGGUGAAAAUAUUGCUGACAACGGAGGUGUAAAGCAAGCAUUCAGGGCUUAUCGAAGUUGGGUUUCUCGCAACGGUGAUGAGCCACUUUUACCAGGACUUGAGCUGAGCCACGAGCAGUUGUUUUUUCUCAAUUAUGCUCAAAUUUGGUGUGGAACAAUGAGACCGGAAGCAGCUGUGAACAUCAUUCGAACUGGAGCUCAUAGUCCUGGAAGAUUCAGAGUAAUUGGAGCUCUGUCCAACUCAAAGGAUUUCUUGGAAGCAUACAACUGCCCAAAAGGAAGUGCCAUGAAUCCAGAACACAAGUGCGAAGUGUGGUAAACAACAACAAGAAAUAAAAAAUUAAAGUGAUACAUUCCAAAGGGAUCUUUCGUGCAGAUCAAAACAAAAAGGAAAAAAAAACUUUUUUUUAAUGAAAAUGAAGUUGAUAUUUGCUUUGGAUAGACGCACAUUCUGCUUGCUUUCCCAAAACAAGCCUUACGCUAUCUUCCAUUAGUGUUUUAAAUUAAUAAUUCAUUUCGAAUAAUGUUCAUAAAUGUGUCCAACAUUUUAUUUUAAUGUAUGUAACUCAUAAGUUAUUAAUGCUGGCCAUGAACCAUUAAACAUAACAGGGGUGACAAAAAUGAAACUGAAGAUUUGUUUGCAUCACGAGGUGGCGUAGAAUGUGGCUUAUCAGGUUGCUUUUAACUAUUGUGAAUAAGUUAAAUGUAUAUUCAGAUAUACAGAACAUACUUUGAUUUACAAUUAUGAUGAUGCUCUUUUUUUGUAUACCAGUCGCACAGAAGUCUGUGCCAGAUCAUCUAGUGGUACCUCAAAAUUAUUAUAGUGGUAUAAAUAAUUUAAAUAUAUAUUCAGAUAGACAGAACAUACUUUAAUUUACAACUGUGAUGAUACUCUUUUUUGUAUAUCAGUCGCACAGAAAUCUAUACCAGAUCAUCUAGUGGUUCCUCAAAAUUAUAAUAGUGGUAUAUUAAAUUUUGUCGUAAAAUGUAUUUAAUGAAACAUUCCAGAUCACAAUGUGACAACUCUAACUCAUAUAAUGAGUUAUGUUUAGUAUAAGGUGAAAGUUUAUAGCAUUUAAGUGGUUCUUGAACCAUGUGAAUAUCCACUGCUUUGAUAAGUUUACCACUAUAACAAUUUUGAGAAACCACUGAACACCCUGCUAUACAGAUAAAUCUUUAUUGGACCUACACUAGUUCUCUUCAACGCAAUUUUCAUUUAAGCAUACUAUGACAUUCCUACCAACUUUUACGCUUUUCAAAAUAGCUUUUUUUUCUAGUGGUAGGGAAAUGCCAAUUCAAUUGAAAGUGUAAGAUGAUAUUUUAUAAAGAUUUAGUCAACAUUUGAAAACUCUUUCGGAGAGCCAGGAGGCCUGUUUUAUACAAGUUUAACUUAUUUAAAUGAAAUGUAGUCAAAAUCGUUUUAAAUUACAUUUAUUCAUACAAGAAUAAAGGGUGGAUAUAUAAAUUUUACUACUACAUGAAAUAUAAAACUAAAAUUUUCUGGAAAAGUUUACAGGUUUGUUGCGGGUAUUCAGCAAAGCAUGAAAUAAUUUGUUGACGAAACCGUGCUGACAGCAUGCAGAUGAUCGGAAUUGUCACUGGUAGUUAAGCAUUUAAAGGAUAAUACCUGUAUUGAAAUAAGUUAGCAUAAGUCAAAAAAGAAAAAAUUUAAUGGCAUUAGUUUAUAAGAUAACCCAUACCUACCAACUUGUACGAAUGUCGAGAAAAAGUUUUUAGUGAUAGCAACAUUUCUGUUUGAAUGUAUUAUUUCUGGUUUUUAUUAUUUCACAGAAAAAAUUAUUUUAUCUGUCAUGUCAAAUUAAUAAUUUAAAAAUGUUUAUAAGAUCUAUUGGUAAGACCAUGUUCGCCUACGAUUAAGCUGUCUGUAAAGUAUUUUAUAGAGUGGUAGACAUUUGAAAACUUUUAGAAUAUUUGGUAAUUUUGCCAACAUUUUAAAAGCGUCACCACUGAAGAACUGUAACAAAGUGGUUUUGCAUAUGAACUUUUAAAUCAUUUAUGUGUAGUGGUGUGGAAAAAAAGUUUAAAUUAAUUAAAAAAAGAUUACAUUGAAACAUUAAAUUAGCUACCACUAGAAUAUUUUUUUACUAACAGUGUAGAAAGUUGGCAGUCCUGGUAAAACAGUUAUGCUUGUAAGUAUUGGAAAAAUAACUAAAUUUUAGGACAAUUCUUCCCACGAUAAUUAUUAUUUUACUACUAUUUUAUAAAGGACCGUACAAGUUGACAUAUUUGAGUUACAUAUUUUCUUCCUCAAAACAAUUUUGAAUGCUUAAUCUUUCUCUCCUCAAAAUUUACAAAGACUUAUUUUGAUUUCUUUUUCCUUCAAAAAUAUUUAAUGCUUAAUUUAACUUUAACGAUAAACCUUUUUAGCUUAUUUAUUUCUGAAAAUCGCAGUUAUUUAAAUUUUCUGUCUGAAUUUCGUUUAUAAUAUAUCCGAAUUAUAAAAUGCGAUAUGUUUUCCAGCAAACAUUUUUUUUUAUAUAUAUUCCAGUUUGUAUUUUCAGUUCUCAACCGAUCAAAACAUUUUGAUUGUUGAAAAUCUGGGCCGUCAAAUCUUUUAAGUUUUUGUUAGAAAAAUAAUAUUCUAAUAACAACAAAAGUCCCUGAUAAAAUUGAGCGAGAUUGCUUAAAAAAUUGAUAUAGCAAUUGUUAUUUUGUACAAAUAUUUCCCGAGAUGAUAAAAUAAACUAUUAUUAGAAGUUAAUUUUUAUACAUUUGCUUAGGAAUGAGCACAUUCAUUAUUAGUUUAUUAUUUAAACCUUUACGAACGAGUGCAUUUUUCUGGAUUAAGAUAGACAGAAUUUACCAAAUUAAAUUCUUUUAAAAUUCAAAACUUUAACGUACUAAAAACCCAUAGUGCAUGGAUAUGCAUUUUGCCCUAAUUUCCCUCUCUCGCCCUUAGCGGUUUUUGUAAUUUCAUUUUUCUCACCUUUAUUAAUUUUUCAUAUUCUGUUUCACUUUCAGGUCCUGUGGUUUUUCUAGUUUUUUUUCAUACUUUCGUCGACAAUUUUACGUUUUCUGUUUCAAAACGCCUUUAUAUUCCCCAUUCACGUCUGGCGAGUCUUGAGAAUAUGCGCCUAUUUUUGAGCGCUUGAAACAUGUCAAUUUUUAUUACCAUCUUCAUUUUUUUGAAGCAAAGUAAGUUUUAUAUCAAGCAUAUCUUUUCACUUCGAUUCAUUAAUUUGUGUAUAUUAUUACUGGCUCCGUACAAAAAAAAAGUUGUAAAUAGUGGUAGUAAUAUUUAUAUAAAAAAUAUUUUAAUUUGCACAUAAUUACCAAAAUAUUUAAAUUAUACAUCAUCAUAUCAGCUUCCUUCGAGUAAAAUGAAUACUUUUAAUUUAAAUUCAGUCAUUAUUUUUUUUGAAUAUUUAUGAUGACAUGAAUCUGACAGCAUUUGUACUCUAAGGGUUAAUCUAGCAAAAGUGAUUCAUUUUUGUUCCUUUUCAUUUUUGAAAAGUUACUACUCCACAAAUUUGUUCCAGGCAGAGAAGUACUCAUUCUUAUUGCAUACAUUUAUAUUGCGCCUUGUGAUGUAAGUGUUAAGCAGACAUUUAUGGCGUUAAUUUAAUUGAGAUUGUUUAACAUGUGAUUGAAUACAUUGAAAUUAUCAUUACCUCAUCUCAUAAACACUUACCUAAUCCAGAUCUGCAACUUAUGCAGAAAAUACAGUAUCUGAUUAAAUUAUUAGACGCACUAUAAGAUUCUAUAUAAAAUCUUAAUUAUCAGGGGAUACUACACAGCUUUAUUGUUUUUGCGCUGAUGAAACCGGUUUGUAACGUGUAUCAAAUGGUUAACAAUGUAAUGCAAUACGUUAAAAAUAAAUACUACGAGGGUUGCUAUUUAUAUUUCCGGCAAACAGUACUAACUACAGUACUAACAGUACUAAUGUAGGAUCGAAAUUGGUUUUAUUGUUUUUCAAAAUAUUCUCCAUGAUGAUCAAUACACUUUUGCAUGCGUUUAAACCAAUUUUCAAAGCACUUUUUCCUGUCCGAUUGAGGUAACUC